AUGAGCUCCUCCGAGUUCGAGCGGCUGCGCGAGACGAUCCGGCAGAUGCGGCUCGAGCAGACGGGCGGCCACAGCAGCAGCGGCAGCAACCAGCCUGGCGUCCGCGACAGCAGCAGUGCUGGCAGUAGCAGUGGCCGCAGCGGCGGCCUGCACCGAGCGAUUGAGUGCGUGAGCGAAACACUCGCCGGAGAGGUGUCGGCGCUGCGUGCGGCCGGCGCGGCACACGGCGAGGCGCUGCGGCGCGUGGCGUCGGAGCAGACGGGCGCGACCGAGGCGCUUAAGGCUGAGGUGGCGGAGCUGAGGCGGGAGCUGCGCAGCGAGCGCGCUCGCGGGGCGGAGGCCGAGCGGCUCGGCUCCGUCGUCAGCGAGCUGCAGGCGGAGGUGCGAUCGCUGCGUGAGAAGGCCGCCUCCGAGGCGGAGGCGAGGCUGAGAACGGCAAAGGAGCUGAAGCCGCUCGCGGCCGAGGUGGUAGCACCGUCGCUCUCCGCCUUUGACGCUAGCCGCGAGGCGGCGGCGACGGCGGCGACGGCGGCGUCGCGCGGUCAGUCGCAGCGCGAGAAGGAGGGCGGCAAGGAGCGGGCGGAGCUGGCGAGGCGGCUGGCGGAGGUUGCGCGGCUGGGCGGGCGGGCUGCGGCGGCGGCGGCGGCGGCGGCGGCGCUGGACGAGCGGGUUCGGGCGGCGGUGAGCGCGACGCACCGGAGCAUCGAGGCGGUGAGGCGGCUGGAGGGGGUCAGCGGAGAGGCGAGGGCCGAAGCGCGCGAGGCGGCGGUGGCGCAGGCGGCGGCGACGGCGGCGGCGCAGGCCGCGGCGACACGGGCCGUGCAGGCGGUGCAGGCGGCGGAGGCGUCGCAGGCGGAGGCGGCGGAGGCGCGGGGGGAGGCGGUGCAGGCGCGGGGGCAGGCGGAGGCGGCGCGGGCGACGGCAGAGAGGGCGGCGGCGCACGCGGCGGAGGGCGAUGGCGUCGCAGCGAGGGGAGAGGCUGCGGGCUGGCGCGCGCGCGCGGAGGAGGCGGCCGAGGGCGUGGCUGCGCUGCGUGCCUCUCACGCGCAGGCGGUGCGGUGGCUGGAGGCUCUCCAGCGCGAGAUUGGCGCUGUCAAGGCGACCGCGCACGACGGCGUCGCCGCGAGCCGCGUCUGCGCGGCGAGUGCCGCCGAGCUCAAGCUGCAGCUGGCGCAGCUCGCCUCGGCCAAGCCGUGCGCCUCCCCGCCCUCCGGCUGCUUUGGGGAGGGCGCGCCGCACGAGGAGGGCCGGCUCUCGCUCGGUGGCGGGAGGCUCACCUCGCUGGAGCGGGCGGUCGAGAGCCUGCGGAGAGAGGUGCGAGCGGAGGUCAACGCGCUCUCCUCCUCCCUCGCCCUCCUCACGCGCUCCACCACUCCCGGGCCCUCCUCCUCCGCCCCCGGCUACUGCACCGCCGCCGCCGCCGCGUCCUCCUCCGCCUCCGCCUCCGCCCCGCCGCCGCCCCGUCCGUUCGACGCGCCGUCGCCAGGGUACGACCCCUCGCCCUCCCUCUCGCCGCACCACCACCACCGCUUCCCGCCUCCCGCGCACAGCGAGCCUCUCCCCGCCGCCGCACCGCGACCAGCCUACCGCCACCACCACGCGAGCCGGCCGCACUCGCCUCCGCCGCCACUGAGCCAGCUGCCGACGCCCGACUCGAGACUGCUGCUCUCGCCGCCGUCGCCGCCGCCGCCGCCGCCCUACCAUCACCACCAGCCGGGCGGGGCGCCGCCGCCGGCCUCGCACGCGCGCUCGCCACCGACGCCGCCCUCUGCGCUGCCGAGCACGCCGUACAGCCCCUCCCUCGGCGCUUGGGAGGCGGUGGGCGGCGGUGCGGUGUCGCUGGGCAAGCGGCCGGUGCCGAGACCGCUCUUUGACAGCACGUGA